AUGGUGGCCGACCGGCUGAAGCGUGUGAUCUCGACUGGCCGGUGGGACGGCGCGUUUCACAGUCUCAGCUUGUGUUUGUGCGUCCGCAUGUCGAACAGACAGACAGUGGGACUGCGAAUGCGAUUGCGUCUGCGAUUGGGACUGCGAAUGGGACCGGGAGACUGGCAGAGCGGCGACCAACUGGCCGCCACAAUCGCCGCCGACGGUUCAGCCAUUCUGCCUGUAUUUGCACUUUUCGCUACCAGUCCUACUUCCUGCACGUCUCUCACUCGUGACUGUGUGUGUGUGUGUGUUCUCUGCGAGGAGACGACACUGGCUGGGGUGGGGAGCAGUGACGUGCUGCAAAGACUGUCCAGUUGCGGAGGGGCAGACUGGCUGGACGGUCGGGGUGAGUCAAAGCGAGCCAAGCAGAUCGGACCGACAGAUGAUCCUGACACUUUUCCCAUCUACUCACUUUGA